CCGCCAACUCAAAAUCCGACCGAGUCGUCCGCAUCAGUUUUCCUUCCCAUUCCCCGUUCCCAACCCACCGUAAACCCUAGCUGCGAGCUAUGGCCCGCAAGCGCCAGGCGCCGCCGCCGCCGCCGCCGCCGCCGCCGCCGCAGGAGGAGGAGGAUGAGUCAUCCUCCGAGGAAUCUGGCUCCGAAGAGGAGUCUCCUCGCCUCCCCGAGCUCCGAAGGCCCUCGCAGGCCGCCGCCGCCAACAACGCCGACUCGUCGGACGCGGACUCGGAUUCCGACGCCGACGUCCAAGCCUUCCAGAUGCGCCAGGUGCCCCGCUUCCCCACCAAGCAGACACACCCAGUCUCUCACCCAGAAUCCGGUGCCGAAGAGGAGGAGGGCGAGUUGUCAGAGUCGGAGCACGAGAACCCGGUGCCUGUGGUUCAGAAGAAGGCCGUGGCGGCGGCAGGGAUGUCCAAGACAGGGCAGGAGAGGAAGAGGCCCGCCUCGGAUCCUGCUCCAAGCGGGAAGGCAAAAAAGACCAAGGCUGAGGCUACCCCUCCUGCUAAGGCGAAGAAGGGAGAGAAGCUGGCGCCUGAUGCGACUCCUGCAGGAAAGGCAAAGAAGGGCAAGACCGAGCUAGAGACACUGGCACCUGAUGCCACUCCAGCAGGAAAGGCGAAGAAAGGUAAGGUCGAGAAGACAGCUCCUGAGGCCACUCCCUCAGGCAAGGGGAAGAAGGGUGGGGACAAACUGGAGAAGCCAGCAGCGCUCGAUCGCUCACCUUCAGACAGCAAGUCUGAAAAGCUUGCACAUUUUUCCCGCACAUGGGAGAAAGAUGAUGAGAUGAAGAUCUUGGAGGCUCUCGCGGCCCAUGUCAAGAGUGAGGGCGUGCUGCCGAAGACUGAUUUUCUUCUUGCUAGUGUUCGUGACCGCCUUGUCAGGAAGAACUGCAACUACACGGAUAUAUAUGAGAAGGUACGAAGGCUAAAGGAGCGCUAUGAAAAAUUGGUGAGCACGGGCACUGUACCGAGUAAAGAAGAUGAGCUCCAGAUGUAUAAUCUCUCUAAAACAAUCUGGGGAGAGAAGUCAAAGGAGGCUACUGCUGCCAUUACGUCUCAAAAAGGUGGUGCUGUGACAAAGCGUAAGAAGGGGCAGGCUAACAAAGAGAAGAUGGAUGGAAAUGCAAAGAGUGGUGUGGCAAAGGAGGCUGCCCAUAGUACUGCCAAUCAAAGUGGCGAUUCUCAUAAAGGAAGUAAGAAGGGGCAAGCCAGGUUGUCAGAGGACGCUACCACCACUGUAUCCCCAAGUAAGAGUAAGAAGCAGGAAACUCGUAAUGAGGAAUUGGACAAAGAUGGUGGUAAUUUGGCCAAGGGAAAGAAGGGGAAAACAGACAAAGGGAAGAUGGACAGAGACACAGAUAAUCUGACACCAAAGGAAACCAUAAAUGAAAAUCAGAAUGGUGACAUUCUGAUUAGGAGUAAGGAAGGAGAAAUUCAUGAUGAUGAAACAGGAGAUGCUAAUGUGCAAGGUGUGCGCAGAGGUUUUGAUAAGCUGCAGAAGUUGUAUUCCAACCUUGCUUUUUAUGUGGAGGAGAUUGAGGCCCAUCAUCCAUGUGGGGAGACUCUGAAGAGAGCAUUUGAGUUCAUUGCUGAUGAGAAGGCAGAAGGUCUGGAAUCCAAGAUCAAGAAGCAAAGAGUAGCAGAGGCGAAGGCGGAGGUCCGUCAAGGCGACGUAAAGAAGGAGGUUCUUAAUUUGCUGCUCAGCUUAGUGGACUAAACCUUUCUGGAUUAUUGUGGUAUAACAUUCUACUUGAGUUAUUUAGUUUCCUCUUGAUGUCUGGUGCAUUAUUAUUGCCCAAUUUGUAGAAUUCAUAGGUUCAAAACUUGGAUUUCACAUUUGAAUCAAUUAAUCAGUGUUACUAAAACUACGUUUAAACGAUGUUUAAACU